UACAAUUAGGUUAGGGUUAAGGCUUAACCUUUAUAAUUUAUAUAUUAACUUAAUAUUUAUAAGGGUAAUAAAUAUUAAAUACCUAAAUUUUUCGAGCAGUACUUAUGAGUAAAAGGGCUAAUAAGGGCCCCCUUGGCCAAAUAGUAAAGUAGUCAUGGUUUUUUGCUUUACGUCGUUGUUCUGUUUAUCUCUUUAAAAAAAAAACGAGCAGACUUAGCAGACGUGAACUCAACUAAAUUGGAAAUAAACAAUUUAUUUUCAUUUUUUAGUAGUGUAAUUUACUAUUUUUAGGAUUUCCAAAAUAAAUUCUUUUAAUAAUAAGACUUUUAUUUAACAAAUUGUAAAUAAGUAUCCAUUAAUGGAAACAACGUUCAGGGAGGAAUUCGAAAAUAGUUGGCUCACAGCUCUUUUAGGUUUUUUAGCGUUUUGUGGAGGGGUCUAUCUACUAACUUGGAAUGAGGGCCGAGCAGUUCACCACCACCAUUCUCUUGAAGAAACAUACAACAAUGCCAUCACCCUUAACCCAUUUGAUAAAUUACAACCAGAAUAUGAUGGGAGGGUAGUUCACUUGACAGGGGUCUUAAAUGUGGAAGAACCAUUAACGGAACCCGAUUAUGGUAUUUCUGUGCAAGCAGUUAAACUGAAAAGGAGGGUACAGAUGUACCAGUGGGUGGAAGAACACACGCCUAGAGAAGAUCAAAUAAAUGAAGACCUAACACAACAGCAUGAAAGUAUUAGGGAUUAUUAUUAUGUGACCGAGUGGAGGGACAAACUUGUCGAUAGUGAUAGUUUUUAUAUCCGUUAUGGUCAUGAGAAUCCCAAGAGUAUUCCAUUGAAGACAGUUGUGUACACUGCUCCAUUUGUAAAAGUGGGCCCCUUAUCCCUUAGUAGGGAACUUAAAGAUAAAUUUACAGAUUAUGAAGAGAUAACUGGUGAUGAGAGGCCUGAUAACAAAGAUAUAAAAUUGCAUAUGGGGAUUUAUUAUCAUUGCAAGGAUGUAUGGAAUCCAGAAGUGGGCGACAUCCGUAUCCAAUUCUACUAUGCGGGAAUGGCGGGCGAACCGGUUACCGCCGUUGGAAAACAAGAAAAAGGGCACCUGGUACCCUACCUAACCUCAAAGGGUAAAGAAGUGGCCCUGUUACGGUACGGAAAACUCGAUUUGGGGCAAAUGUUUAGUGCGGAACAUUGGGACACGAAAAUCGCCACAUGGAAAUUACGGAUUUUCGGCGCUUUUUUUAUUUAUUUUUUCGUUAUUUGCUGGGCCCGACUGUUGCAGAUCAUGUUUAACCAGAUUCCAUACAUGAACAACUUAUUAUCCGGGGAGGCUACGGACGCGAAAAACUUUUUAGUAGCGGGUUCGGUGGCCCUUUUUAUUAUUGCUCUGGCCUGGGUGAUGUACAGGCCGGUGAUUGCUCUCAGUUUAAUUUUCGCCGCCAUUAGUCCGUUCCUGCAUUGUGUCAUUGGCGUUUAUUACGGACACCAGGGAUACGUGAGGUCAAGUUGAAAGGCAAGAAGCAUGUUUAGUGUAAUCGGCUAUUUGCAUUUAAUUUAAAAACCUUUCGGGAGAGCUUCGCUAUAUUGUAAAUUAGAUGAAAAUCAUAUUGGCGCAGCGGUAGGAUAAAAAAUAAAACGCAGUUUUACUGACUAA